AUGGAUCUCAGUACAAUAGAACGGGCAGCAGAAACUUUACUGGUAAUUUGAUUUUUGAAAAAAACCGAUUUAAUUUUAUCCGAUUGAUUUUAGGCGCCGCCUAAUCUGGUCAAUGAAAAUGAAAGAAAACAGGCGGAUUCACUUUUUGAAGAAUUGAGGAAAAGUAUUUCGAUUAGUGAUUGUCUCAUGUUACUUCGUAAGUUUUCAUCUUAAAAUUUGAAAAAUCAGAAUUUUUCGAUACAGUCGAAAAUCCAGCUAAAAGUCUCAAUUUCUUGUUGAAUUUGGAUAUUUUCACAGAAAGUUCAAAAAAAAUCCUAUUUUUUAGAUUCAAAAGUUGAAACUUAUGUCAAUUUCUGAAAAAUUAUCAUUUUUAAAUCCCCAAACUUCAAUAAUAUUCCAAAAAAUUUUCAGAACAAUCACAAAAUGCCUUCGUUCUUUUUCAAAUCGGUCAAACAAUUGGAGAAAUCAUUCUCAGAGAUUGGUCACUUAUUCAGCAAUCUGAUGUUGAAAUGGCAUAUAAAACAAUGUUGGAAUAUGUAGCUACAAAGCCUGGAAUUGAACCAUUUGUUGUUAGCGCAUUUCUCAAAUCAGCUGCAAUGAUUAUCAAACGCGGAAUUUUGGAUGGAAAAUCCGGAGAUCAGGAGGAACUUUAUCAAUUUAUUCAUCGACUUUUGACAAAUGAAUCGGCUAGUUUGGUGAGUAUUUAUAGAUAUUUUGACGUUAUAAAUUUUAUUUUCAAAAUUUAAGCCCAAAUUCUAUUUCACAUUUUUUUUCCUAAAAAAUCUUUGUUUUCAGCAAGCCGCUGGCUGUUUAUUUAUCAGCGCUCUCAUCGAACAAUUCUCAUCAGCCUGGCGAAAUUCGAAAUUCUCAAUCACCUGGGAUUUCCAUCUCCAAGCCAAAAAUCAAUUUGAAAAUAAUGGGCUUCGCCGUCUUCUAGAAAUGUCUCUCACCACUUUAUAUGCCCUGAGCAAUCAGGAAAACAUUGUCGAAAAUGAUUUCACCCGCAGAUUAUGUGAUCGAUUUUUGGAAGUCUCUGAAAAUAUUCUCUCCUGGAAUUUUUCCUCAAGACUUUAUCGAAGGUUUUUGGUGAACAAUCAGGUGGGUUUAUUUAAAUGUUUAGUUAG